UGGACCCAUGAUUCGAAUCAUGUCCGUUUGAAGUUUAAUCGAGAAUGUUAUUGCCAAAUUGGUCAUUGUUCAUUGUGAUGAUUAUCAUAUCAAUGAUGACAAUCAAAAUUCGAAUGGAUGAUCAAAUCACAACUCAUCAAAUGACGACUGAUCAAAUGACGACGGCUGCAGCGCAGCAAACAGAUGAAAUUUGUGAAAGUUUAAAGAAAAAAAAUGGCACCAAAUUGAAUAUACUGGUAGUUGGAAGAACAUCAGAACGAUUAUUGUUAAUAACUGGUGAUUUCUAUGUUUAUGAUGUAGCAAUGGAUUCCAUGGAUUCGGCCAUUGCUAAAUUAUAUCUGCGCAGCAAACCAAAACCAUUGAAGGAUAAAUACCCCGGUCUUUACGGUAGUCCUUACUUUAACAGUGUCAAAGAUUAUAUAUUCAAUGCAUGGAUCAUGAAAGACGAGGAAGGCGAUUGGAUUUGUAUUACCACCAGAGCCAGAAAUCAUAGAGAUGGUGUUAGUUAUCUUAUCAACAACGAUGAAGCAGUCAAGGGAUGGAUUUAUUAUGACCAAGCAACAGAAGUAUUGAUCUCGCAAAACCAACAGUGCCGAUAUUAUUCAUUACGACAUGAUCGUCACAAUAAUCUUAUAAUUGGUCUUUACCAAUGUGAUCAAGGAAAUAGCCGUGUACGUCAUCGUCCACAUAUUGGACUGGUUACCAAUGACUUUGCCGCAAUCUGUUUGGAUGAAACCAAUACAAAGAUUACCAUGCAAAUGGGCGCUUGUCGUCCGGGAAUGGCAGUACAGUGGCCAGUGUUGAAAGGUUUUGUGAGCGCAGGAAAAUUUUAUUUAUUCGGAGAAUAUUAUAUCUACAUUUUCGAUGAAAGUGUUUAUCUUCAACAAGGACAACCCUUUCCAAUUGAAAAACAUAGUUAUGAUUCAUUUUUCAAUUGUCCCGGGAUUAUUCCGCCAAGUUCUCUUUCCAAAUCCUAUUUUUAUUGGAUUAUUGCUGCAAUCAUAUUGUUAUUGUUGAUAUUGUUGAUGAUACUAUGGUUUAUAUUGGUCAAUCGUCGUCGUCGUCUACGAAUCAAAUCAUCAUCAUUGGCACAAGGCAAAACGGGCCGGUCCGAUUUAUAUGGACGAAGCUUGAGCAAAUUGAAUGCAUCGAAAAUGUCGACUAAUAUGAUGGUGACCGCCAGAAGUAGAAGUAUGACUUCAAGAAUGAAUCUAUCCAGUCUGAAGCAUACCACCACCCAUGGGGGGUCCCACGCAGCAUUUUCCGGUGGAUCAGUUAAUGUAACCGGCCGUACUGGUAUUGAGGCAGAUUUCAAUCCAGCCAGUCCCAAUCGAUUGAAACGCUUAACAACACGAAUACAAAGCGGCAGUCGCGGUGUUGGUGGAUCGACAAUGAAAAUGUAAAUCCAAAUUUGUAAAGCAUACUUGGUGAUUGCACCCUGAUGACCAUGUGAUGAUGAUGAAUUAUUUAAUAUUAAUAAAAUCUUGACAUUUGAUUCAUUUGA